AUGACUACCACUAUCAAUCUUGACAACGACGCCGUUGCACGCGCCGGUCUCGCGGAUCCCGAAACUCACGGAAUCCACAAGAUUGAGAAUGAGCCGCACCAGGAUGACCUCGUUGAGGAGAAGCGCCAACAUGCUUUGAGCGUUGAUCAGCACAGUGUGACCACGGACGAUAACGAUUGGCCCGGCAAGCCAACUGAAGAGCAGCAGCGCACACUGCGCCGUGUCUCUGGCAAGAUCAAGUGGUCUAUGUGGACGAUUGCCUUUGUUGAGUUGUGCGAGCGUUUCUCCUACUACGGAUCUGCCGUUCUCUAUACCAACUUUGUCAACCACAAACUGCCUAACGGCUCGACUACCGGUGCUCCUCUCCCUGGUGACCCUCACCCGCAGGCUGGAGCCCUUGGCAUGGGCCCCAAGGCUGCUCAGGGUAUUAGUCUUUUCAACCAGUUCUUUGCCUACAUCAUGCCUCUUCUCGGUGCCUGGAUUGCUGAUGCUCGCAUGGGCCGCUUCUGGACUCUGCAUCUGGCCAUAGGCAUUGCCAUCAUUGCCCACGUCGUCCUCGUUGCUGCUUCUGCCCCCAAUGUCAUCAUUCAUAAGGACUCUUCCUUUGCUGCCUUCAUCAUCGGUCUCCUCUGUCUCUGCGUCGGCACUGGCUUUUUCAAAGCCAACGUCUCUCCUCUUCUAGCUGAGCAGAACGAAGACACUCGCAUGCGAGUUGAAGAACGCAAUGGCGAGCUUGUCAUCGUGGACCCCGCCAUCACCAACACACGUAUCUUUCUCUACUUCUACUUCUGUAUCAACAUCGGCUCACUAUCCGGCCAGAUUGGUAUGGUGUACGUUGAGAAGUAUGUUGGGUUCUGGCUCGCCUUCCUCAUCCCCACUGCCCUCUUCCUUCUUGCCCCCUUGGUCCUUUGGUCCCAGAAGAAGAACUACAAGCUCAGUCCCCCGACUGGAUCUCUGCUCGAGAAGUUCCUCAAGAUGUGGUUCUACGUCCGCAAGAGGUCCAAAUCUAUCCGCCACUUCAACUGGGAUGUCGCCCGCCCAUCCAAGGUUGCAAUCAACGAACGCCCAGCCUGGAUGACCUAUGACGAUGCUUGGGUUGACGAAGUCCGCCGUGGUCUGAUGGCCUGCAAGGUUUUCCUCUUCCUGCCGGUCUUCUUCCUCCCUUACAACCAGAUGACUGGUAACUUGACCACUCAGGCCAGUACCAUGAUGCUGCACGGAGUCCCGAACGACAUUAUCCAGAACCUGAACCCCAUUUCUAUUGUCAUUAUGAUCCCCAUCUUUGACCAUGUCCUCUACCCCGGCCUCCGUCGCAUCAAUCUCCCGUUCACCCCCAUCAAGAGAAUGACUGCCGGUUUCUUCAUGGCUACCCUAGCCAUGGUUGCCUCGGCUGUCAUGCAAUACUACAUCUACCAAAAGAGCCCUUGCGGCUGGCACGCCAACGGCACCAUUAUCAACUCCCAGGGCGAAGAGGUCAACUGUCCUCCUGCUGACAUUAACGUCUGGGCUCAGUCCCUUCCCUACAUCUUCAUUGGUAUCGCAGAAAUCCUCACCAACGUCACUUCGUACGAGUAUGCCUUCUCCAAGGCUCCUGAGAACAUGAAGUCGUUGGUCAUGAGCGUCAACCUGUUUAUGAGCGCCAUCUCUGCUGCCAUUGGCCAGGCGUUUACUCCUCUGUCUGGCGACCCUCUUCUCGUCUGGAACUACACUUCGGUCUCCGUCAUUGCCCUUGUCGGAGGUAUUGCAUUCUGGUUCUGCUUCCGCCAUCUCGACGCUGAUGAAGACAGCUGGAACAUGAUCAAGAAGUCCGAGUUUAUCGGCCAUAACCAGCCUGGCGUGACCAAGGCUGUCGAUCUGGAGCACAACAAUGAGCACGAGUAA